UCGGUACGUUGUUGGUAGUUCAAUUGCCACUUGGAAAUCCCCUUCUUCUGUACCUUAAUUUAUUAAAAGAAAAAAAGGUGAAAUCUUCCUAGUGUUAAAAUUUAUGCAAAGCAACUUUUGUCGAAGUUCAACUACCACGAAGAAGAGAGGGAGGAGUGGAGAAGUGCGCAACUCUUCUUUGUACUUUGCAGGUGCAAGCUAAAUGGCAGGGGAGCCAGUUAAUGUGAAUGAAUUCCAAGAGCUUGCUAGGCAAGCCCUUCCGAAAAUGUACUACGACUACUAUACUGGAGGAGCUGAGGACCAACACACCCUUAAAGAAAAUGUAGAAUCAUUUCGUAGAAUCAUUAUUCGGCCUAGAAUACUUGUUGAUGUGAGCAAGAUAGAUAUGUCAACUACUAUUCUAGGUCACAAGACGUCAGCUCCUCUUAUGAUUGCCCCAACGGCCAUGCAUAAAUUGGCACAUCAUGAAGGAGAAGUUGCAACAGCGAGAGGAGCUGCAGCAUGUGAUGUUAUUAUGGGACUGUCAUAUAUGUCAACCUGCACAGUGGAGGAGGUUGCUUCCAGCUGCAAUGCUGUUCGCUUUUUCCAAAUAUACGUUUACAAAAGAAGGGAUAUAACAGCACUUAUUGUACAUAGAGCUGAGAAGAAUGGAUUUGGGGCUAUAAUUCUUACAGCUGAUACUCCGAGGCUUGGUAGAAGGGAGGCAGAUAUAAAGAAUAAGAUGAUCGCACCUCAGUUGAAGAACUUCAAAGGUCUUAUAUCAACUGAAUAUGUUUCUGACAAGGGCUCAAAUAUUGAAGCCUUAGCUGCAGGAACUUUUGAUGCUUCUCUUUGUUGGAAGGAUAUAGAGUGGUUAAAAUCAAUUACCAAGUUGCCAAUUCUGAUUAAGGGCAUUCUGACUUCUGAAGAUGCAAUAAAAGCGAUUGAAGCAGGAGUUGCAGGAAUCAUUGUCUCUAACCAUGGAGCUCGGCAACUAGAUUAUGCUCCAGCUACUAUAUCUGUUCUUGAAGAGGUUGUCCAUGCUGUUCAAGGUAAAGUUCCAGUAUUUUUCGAUGGAGGAGUGAGGCGAGGAACAGACAUAUUCAAGGCCUUAGCUCUUGGUGCAAAAGCUGUUCUGAUUGGUCGAGCAGUUAUCUAUGGCCUGGCAGCUAAGGGGGAGCUAGGGGUAAAGCAGGUUAUUCAAAUGCUCAAGGAUGAAUUUGAGUUAACAAUGGCCCUUUCUGGCUGCUGCAGUGUCGACGACAUAACAAGAAGCCAUGUGAAAACAGAGAAAGAAAGGUUCAUUUGUAGGAUGUAGUUUCAUCCUGAAAGCAGCUAAGUAUAU